UGGAUGGGGGGAUGUAAGCAAGGUGGAAGAACAGGUAGUUGUAUUUUGCAGUCUGCCAGGGAAAGAGGUGUUCAUUUCUCUUCUCCCUUCUUCCUUCGCCAGUUGAGCUCUCCUCAUCCCCCUUCCUUCAGCAGUGAGUAGAGGUCGUUGCUCGGGCGAAGUGAAGUGAGGAAAGCACCAAGCCACGAAGAAAAGGACUUGGUGAAACUGUAGUGAAACGUUAGUGAGGUCAAACAUGUCAGCAGUAAGGAGACAGUGGCUGCUGCUUCUCUUGGUGGUGGUGGUGGAGAUGACAGCCUUACCUCAGCUGGAUUCCCCGGCUACCUCCAUACCACAGAUAUCGCAGGAGAACCAGACGCAGCUAAGUAUUGAUAACAACAUGCUCCUGUGCGUCUUAUCCGCGGCUGUCGGCGAAGCCCAAAGCGGCUGUCCCACCUCUCCUGACUUCGCCGCGCUUCCACCCAUAGACCCAACACCAGCCCCUAUCCCCAUUUCUCUUCCACCUGGCGAAGAAGUGACUGGCGACCACGACUUGCGUACUCCACCCUGCACGUGCGCCCCCCACUGGCAGUGCAGAGACGAAGAAGCGGGCACAGAAGUGACUGGCGACUCCCUCACCUCCAUCGUGCUGGACUUGCGAACCAACUUAGGAUGCGGCGCCCCUGAGUUGGUGUGCUGCCAUGACAUAGACCCAACCGCCCCGCCACCCGUCAAGACUCCUGCCACCCUCUCCUGCGGCCAGAGGAACCUUUUGGGCGUCGGGAACACCUUCUUAGGUUUUGAGGACCAGCAGACGCAGUUCGGUGAGUUUCCUUGGAGUGUCGUCGUCACCUCAGUUUCUCCUCGCAGCGAUCUUAAGCCUCUCUUCUUCUCCGGAGGAUCAUUGGUGCAUCCGCAGGUUGUCCUCUCUGCGGCCCACAAUUUCAGAAACCUCACCGCCGAAAAGAUCUUGGUCCGCCUCGGCGACUGGAAUUUGGAGACCAAGACGGAGCCAAUCCCUUAUCAGGAGAUCGAGGUGGCCGAGCUGUUGAUCCACCCUGGCUACAGCGGCGACCCUUACCACUACUACGACAUCGUGGCGCUGGUGCUGAAGCAGCCAGCUGUCCUCGGCGCUACCGUCAACACCAUCUGCCUGCCUGUCAACGACCAAGAUUACCUGCCCGACAAGUGCAUCGUGUCCGGCUGGGGCAAGAAGAAUUUUAAUUCGAAGAGGUUUGAGAGGGUGAUGAAGGCCGUGGAGAUGCCCCUGGUGCAGCACGACGUCUGCCAGGCGGCGCUGCAGGGGACGCGGCUGGGGCCAGGCUUCAUCCUGCACGACUCCUUCCUGUGUGCUGGGGGACAGAAGGAAGGCCAGGACGCCUGUACGGGCGACGGCGGCUCCCCCUUGGCGUGUCCCCUGCGAAGCAACCCCUCCCGCUACAUUCAGGUGGGCGUGGUGGCGUGGGGCAUCGAGUGUGGGCGCCUGGGACUGCCGGGAGUGUACUCAGACGUGUUUAAGGCGGGGCUGUGGCUAGACAAAAUCCUCAGCGAAAGGUUUGGAACCUCGCGGGGAGACGAGGCGUCGAAGCCGGUGCUUGACAUACGUUCGCCGAUCGCCUGAACAGCCAUCGCAAGGCGGAGACGCGUUGACGUGUGUUAGCCUUCUCCAUCUCGCGCCCAGCUUGCCAAGGGUGUCGUGUGAAGUAUACGAAGUAUACGUAACUCGCCAGUCUUCACAAAGCGGUGUGUUUCAGUUUUCAGCGUCCCUCUGUCUACACAAGGGAGACUGAAGAAAAGGCCUAUGGUAAGUAAUAAACUGCAAUACAAGC